AAGCUUUUCCAGCAAUCAAGCUCCCACUUGAACGAUAAGAGAGAGAGAGAGAGAGAGAUUAUUAGGGCAUGUGUGUGCUUCUACUCAUUCUCAUUUCCUUGCUUCUUAUUUAACCAUCUCUCUUUUUUCUUCUCUACUCUUCAUGUACCUUUCUUUUUCUCUUUGGCAGCCCCUUCCCUUUACUUUCCUCGGGAUCUGAUCAUUCCCCUCUCGUUUAGUCUCUUUGGACAAUCAAAGGUUACAUUAAUCAAGAGUACAAGUGGUUGGGGGGUUUCAGUUCAAUUCCCGAGGAUCACUUUUAUUGCUUUCUUCAUUCUUGUUUGUUUGUUGCUUCUGUUCUGCGUUUUACCUUUUCUUUUCUGGUUCGGUUGCCUUGUUAAAAGGUUAAAAGGGAGUGUUAAAAGCUAGCUUAAAGUGUAUCUUUCCUUCGAGCUGAUUGGUGGGUUCGAGUUUGGAUUCAUUAGCAACGAGAUCUAACGGGGAGUUCUUACUUGGCAAGAGUGUAUUAUUCUAGCUACAGGAUUUCCAAGUUCUUGGAGGAGAUGAAUACCUUUUCGCAUGUUCCCCCGGGCUUCAGAUUCCAUCCAACAGAUGAAGAGCUUGUUGAUUACUACCUUAGAAAAAAAGUUGCUUCGAAAAGAAUUGAUCUUGAUGUCAUUAAGGAUGUUGAUCUCUAUAAAAUUGAACCAUGGGAUCUUCAAGAGUUGUGCAAACUAGGAACUGAAGAUCAAAAUGAAUGGUACUUCUUCAGCCAUAAAGAUAAAAAGUAUCCUACCGGAACUCGCACUAAUAGAGCGACAAAAGCUGGGUUUUGGAAAGCUACUGGAAGAGAUAAGGCUAUCUACUCUAGGCAUAGCUUGAUUGGCAUGAGAAAAACCCUAGUGUUUUACAAAGGACGAGCUCCGAAUGGACAAAAGUCUGAUUUGAUCAUGCAUGAAUAUCGACUGGAAACGAAUGAAAAUGGAACCCCUCAGGAAGAAGGAUGGGUUGUCUGCAGGGUGUUCAAGAAGAAAAUGCCAACAAUGAGAAAAGUUAGUGACUACGACUCACCAUGUUGGUAUGAUGACCAGGUCUCAUUCAUGCCAGAAACUGAUUCUCCAAGGCGAAUUUCUCAACCUUAUGCAUCAUACCUUCAUCAUUAUACUUGCAAGCAAGAGCUGGAGUUGCCAUACAAUAUGCCUCAUGACCCUUUCCUCCAGCUACCUCAAUUAGAAAGCCCAAAAGUUGCACAAUCAGCAGCAACUGCGAGUUGCAAUUCAGUUAUUGCUUAUGCUUAUGACAGGACCAAUGGGAGCACUUUGCAGUCAUCUACCCUUACACAAGAAGAACAAAUGCAGCAAGGCCACCAACAAAAUUUGAACUCAUUUUACAAUAACAAUAAUAGUGAGCAAGCUGUGGACCAAGUGACUGACUGGCGAGUUCUUGAUAAAUUUGUUGCAUCUCAGCUCAGCCACGAGGAUGCGUCCAAGGGAACCAAUAACUACUCCAAUAAAGCCACCUUUCAUGCAGCUGGGCAGAUGCAUAUGCUAGCCAACGAUUCCAAAAGGUCAGAGACUGCACAGGAAUAUGCCUCAACGUCGACUUCCAGUUGUCAAAUUGAUCUGUGGAAGUGAAGGCUUAUAUAAAGCUAAAAUAAUAGAAUAUGCAUACUAAUUAUAGGAACUACGUACAUUUAUAUGGAAAAAAAAGAAGUAUGAUAUCCAAGUUUCUGUACAUGAUAAAACUGAAAUGGUAUUGCUGUAGCUAUGGACUUACUGUGUCCAUACGGAGGAAUACUAGGUUACUGGAUAGAGAACAAAUGCCAAACAAAAAUAAGUUAGUACUGUCAGGUGGGAUGUAUAGCUGAGAUUUGUUGGAACUCACUUGAUCAGCUAUUGAAUGUUGGAUGUACUGCCUUCAAUUUGCAUUUGAAGGCAUUAUGAUUGUAAUGAUCGAUCGUUUUCUAUUUAGAUCAUCUCUGUAUGUUCAAUCUUA